AUGAACUACAUGCUUUUAUUCAAAGCGUUCAACAUCGCGCCGACCUCCAUCUACAGCCUGCGUUUUGGGAUGAGGGUGGAAUGCAUUGAAGGGGCCCUGCCGGCGCGCUCCAGCACUAGCGCGAACAAGGAGCCCGAAGACUCCCUCACGGCAGAGACCACCGAGCCCGGCAGCCACGCGGCAGAGUCAGAGCCCAGCACAGAGACCGCAGAGCCCGAGGACUCCCGCACCGCAGAGACCACCGAGCCCGGCGACUACCACACCGCAGAAACCGCAGAGCCCAACGAGCCCGGCGACUCCCGCGCUGCAGGGUCCGAGCCCAACGAGCCCGGCGACUACCACACCGCAGAGACCGCAGAGCCCGACGACUCCCGCACCGCAGAGACCACCGAGCCCAACGAGCCCGGCGACUACCACACCGCGGAAACCGCAGAGCCCAACGACUCCCGCACCGCAGAGACCAACAACGAGCCCGACGACUCCCGCACCGCAGAGACCAACAACGAGCCCGACGACUCCCGCACCGCAGAGCCCGGCGACUUCCACGCGGCAGAGACCAACAACGAGCCCAACGACUCCCACACCGCAGAGACCAACAACGAGCCCGGCGACUUCCACGCGGCAGAGCUCAACAACGAGUCCGGCGACUCCCGCGCUGCAGAGACCACCGAGCCCAACAACGAGCCCGGCGACUUCCACACGGCAGAGCUCAACAACGAGGACUCCCGCGCCGCAGAGCCCAAAAACGAGUCUGGCGACUCCCGCGCUGCAGACGGUUUCCAGGAGCCCUUGAUCACCGAGGAAGCGUUGGAGUCCUUAUUGGUGGACUGGCCGAACUGGGACGUGCGCAUGGAAGAGGAGGACUUGGAGGAGGAGGCCUUUGAAGAGCCCGACCCAGUCGUGGAGCCCGACCUUCAGGUUUCCGGGUGUGCCGAACUCCACUUCCGACACAGCAAAAAGCUGAUGAUCGUCAGCUGCAGUUGGUUCGUGGUGUGCGAGACGGCCAAUUUUUGGCCGAGCGUCAUUUGCGGCGAGAGCUUGCGCAGCUUGAUUUUCAUAGUGAAGAACCAUCCAGAGUCCAGCCAGAUGUUGACGAUCGAGCUGCAUGGUGCAGAGUCAAGCUUCGCAGUCGAGGCGGACACGUGCUCGAUCCGUUUGACUCAACUGCGCUGCCCCGAUCGAACGGUUGAGCUUCAUGAGAUCGGGAGGGUCUCGGCAACCUUACCCGCAGCGGCUUUCAGAAAGCUCCUCGCGAACUGA